AUGAGGUCCUCUUUGUCUCAGGUGGCAACAGCCAGCAUCCUUCUGGCUUCAGGUGUCAAUUCUCUCGCCGUCGCGCAUCCUCACUCCUUGCGAAGCGACACGCCCGAUGAGUCCCCGGCUCUCAAGAUUCCUGGAUUGCCUCUUCCUAACGCGACGAAGUCCUACUGGCAAGAUCCUCCUCACCGCAUCGCCAACCUCCGCACUACGAAGGAUCUGCCGACAGAGAAGACCUUUGACUAUGUCAUCAUUGGUUCCGGUAUCUCAGGUGCUGCUACAGCACACAAGCUGUUGGAUCGCGACUCAAGCCUAUCAAUUCUGAUGAUUGAAGCGCGAACUGCAGCUUCAGGCGCGACUGGUCGCAAUGGAGGUCAUUGCAAACCUGGUGACUACAAUGGUGUGAAGGCAUGGGUCGAGGCAUAUGGCGAGGAUGAUGCUCUUCGAAUCGCCAACAUGGAGCAGGAUUGUGUCGACGACGUGCGCGAUUUUGUCCGCUCACACAACGUUUCGAGCGAUUUCACAGACGUCGAGACCGCCAGUCUGUACUGGACUGAUGAUUCGUUCAAGACAGCCGUUGAGUCAAUUGAGUUUCAGCAUGAGCUUGAGAAGCGCCGGCCCAAUGACGUUCCCAAGAACAAGAGGACUAUCUGGAAGGGCCAGGAUGCUCGCGAUUACUGGGGAUGGCCUGAGAUCGUUGGAGCUGUGACCUUCAAAGCUCAUACUCAGAACCCAUACCAUACCGUUUGUGGGAUGCUUGAGUACAGUCUUGAGAAAGGUCUCAAUCUACAGACAAACACCAUGGCGCUGAGCCUCAACCAGCUCGGCAAGAAGACCGAGGCUGGAGCAAGAUGGGAAGUCAAGACGAACCGAGGAACCGUCAAGAGCAAACAAGUCGUCCUCGCUACCAACGGCUUCACCCCGGCUCUUCACCCCGGCAUCGCAAGCACCAACUUCACCAUGCCUGUCCGCAACCAAGUCUCCGCCGUAACGCCUUCUGCCAACACGACCGACAACAAGGUCUUUCGACGAAGCAACAGCGUUCCCGAUCUCCACAGCGGCAACGUCUACAUCGCCGCUCAGCCCCCAGGCGCCAAAAACGCCGGCAGUGUUGUGAUUGGCGGGUCAACACAAAUGUCCCCCACGCGCGAACGCUACAUCACGGACGAUACCGCCAUCAACGACCAGAUUGCAUACGUUCUACACGGCGCAGCGCGAACGGUCUAUGGUUAUGAGAAUUGGGGCGGUUCAACGAAGGUCAUUCAGGACUGGACGGGUAUUGUGUGCGAGACACCGGAUGGGUUUCCUCUGGUCGGCGAGGUUCCGGCUGAGGAUGGAUUGUGGGCUAUCGUUUGUAUGAACGGGCAUGGGAUGGCGUGGGCUUAUAGGAGUGCUGAGGCGCUUGUUGAUAUGAUGACCGAGGGAAAAACGCCGAAGUGGUUUCCUGAGCAGUUCAAGGCGCAGCGAGCGUGGGAGGUUCAGAGUAACGAGGAGCUGUAA